GACUGCUAACCUGAAAUGAAAAAAUGUUUUAUAGUGUAUUUUUGUGCAUGACCACCUAACAUCUUUUUGAGAGAGCUGAGCCUGAGCAGAGAUGUGGCCAAGGCACCAUACCACUUCCAUCUCCGCCCAAGCAUUGAUCAACCAAAAAUGGGACGCUCUUGUAAUCGGCGCCGGCCACAAUGGACUCACCGCAGCCGCCUACCUCGCCCGCUCCGGUCUCUCUGUCGCCGUCCUUGAGCGCCGCCACGUCAUCGGCGGCGCCGCCGUCACUGAGGAACUCGUUCCUGGCUUCAAGUUCUCUCGCUGCAGCUACCUCCAGAGCCUUCUCCGCCCCACCGUUAUUAAGGAGCUGGAGUUAGGGAGGCAUGGAUUGAAGUUGCUGAAGAGGAAUCCAGCGUCCUUCACUCCGUGUGUGGAUGGGCGUUACCUUUUGCUGGGCACUGAUAAGACGCUUAACCACUCUCAGAUUUCUAAAUUCUCCAAGCGUGAUGCUGAGGCUUAUCCCCGGUACGAGAGGGAACUAGAGAACUUCUGCAAAUUCAUGGAUCCCCUUUUGGAUUCAUCUCCUCCGGAGAAACUACAAGAGGCUGCAUCCUUUAAUUUUCGUAUGAAGGAUAACCUACAGAAGUCAGUCUUUUGGGCUCAGUUGAUGCAACGGGCAGUUGCCAUGGGGAAUAAGGAGCUUCUGGAUUUUAUGGAUCUGUUGCUGUCUCCUGCAUCAAAGGUCUUAAACAAUUGGUUUGAGGCUGAUGUCCUCAAGGCAACACUUGCAACUGAUGCAGUUAUAGGGACAACAGGAUCUGUCAGUACACCAGGUAGUGGAUAUGUUCUGCUACACCAUGUGAUGGGAGAAACUGACGGCGAUCGCGGCAUUUGGUCGUUUGUUGAAGGUGGGAUGGGUUCUGUGUCCUUGGCAAUCUCAAGAGCUGCUAAAGAAGCUGGUGUUACCAUAAUGACAGAGACUGAAGUAUCAAAAUUGAUAAUUGAUGAUUCCGGCAGAGUAUCUGGAGUUUUACUUGCUGAUGGUACAGAACUGCACUCUUCUGUUGUUUUAUCAAAUGCAACGCCAUACAGGACAUUUGUGGAAUUUUUGCCACAAAAUGUACUUCCUUAUGAAUUUCUUGACGCAAUCAAGAACGCUGACUAUAGCUCUGCGACCACCAAAAUUAAUCUGGCUGUUGAGAAGUUACCGCAGUUUCAUUGCUGUAAAUUGAACAGUCCAGAUGCUGGCCCGCAGCAUAUGGGCACAAUCCACAUUGGUGCGGAGAGGAUGGAGGAGAUUGAAUCUGCAUGUUUGGAUUCUCUAAACGGGAUACCUUCUCGAAGACCUAUAAUUGAGAUGACAAUUCCUUCUGCACUGGACAAGACCAUUUCUCCACCUGGAAAGCAUGUGAUCAACCUCUUUAUUCAGUACACACCAUAUAAGCCUAGCGAUGGCAGCUGGGAAGAUUCUGAAUACAGAAGCUCAUUUGCUCAAAGAUGCUUCGACUUAAUUGAGGAGUACGCCCCAGGCUUUAAUUCAUCAAUCAUAGGCUAUGACAUGUUGACUCCACCAGACCUUGAACGAGAAAUUGGUUUGACAGGUGGAAAUAUCUUUCAUGGUGCUAUGGGACUAGAUUCCUUGUUCCUCAUGCGGCCUGUGAAAGGAUGUUCAAACUACAGAACUCCAGUAAAAGGUUUGUAUCUAUGUGGGAGUGGGGCCCAUCCCGGGGGUGGCGUAAUGGGUGCACCGGGGCGCAAUGCUGCACUUGUUGCUAUUCAAGAUAUCAAGGCUCAGAUAUGACUUAUGCUACGUCGCAAGCUCACUGUGAUGUGCUUCACCCUUUUGCACUGACAUUUACAUUGUUAGUCUUCUGAAUGAGUUAUUUCACACCUACAGAAUUUGGGUGUUAAAUAUCAUUUUCAAUUAACUACUGUGGUGUAAUAUUAUGCUUUGAUAACAUUUGUCAACAUUAUGUGAUGAUAUUUGCUGCAUUAAAUUUGAGACCCACGAAUAUUAAAGUAAAUCAUCCGAUUUUGUGCUA